UUGCAAUUGUUCCUGAGAGUCGAAGGAGAAGACUGUUUGCGACGCAUUUUUAAUCACGGAACCUUUCCAAAUUACACCUAUGACACCUCUUUUACACAUGAGCAAGAAAGAAAAGUUCUUCUAGAUAUUUACACAUAUACAAAUGGCAAGCAAUGGUAUAAUAGCAGUGGAUGGAAUAGUUCAAUAGAGCACUGUUCCUGGUAUGGAGUCACGUGUCACGGCAAUUCAUACAUCAAGUCCAUUGUGCUGCCCUUUAACAACUUGAAUGGCUCUCUCCCUUCCAAUUUGUGUAAAAUACGAAACUUAUUUUCUUUGUGCGUGCCUGGUAACCCUAGCCUUCGUGGUAGACUCGGGGACUUUUUGUUUGGAAAUAUGAGUUUAUUGCUGACCUUGGUCAUCUGUACUUCCUCCGUUUCUGGCGAGAUCCCUCAGGAUAUCGUCAAUCUUACAAAUCUGCAAUUCUUUAUAGCCAGUCCUAUGGACGGAAAAGGCCUCACUGGACAGUUGCCAAGAGACUUAGGGAAUAUGAGGGAGCUUCGGAUGCUGGAUAUUGGCGGGAAUAACAUAACUGGACAAAUACCCAGAAGUAUUUCGAAACUGACAAAACUUUAUGAUCUUACCUUACGAAAUACCCCCGGGAUGAUGUCUGGAAACCUUUCCGACAUAUUUGCAAUACCUUCGUUGACGUCUGUCUACGUAUCGGGAGUGAAUUUGGUAGGAGAAUUACCUCGAAAGUUUCCACCAAACAUAGUUAGCCUUUUUUUGCCAGGAAAUAAUAUAUCCGGUAAGCUUCCAGAAAUAUUUCCGAACAACAGUGCCCUGCGAAACCUUAAUCUUGCAAACAAUCGUCUUACGGGGGAUAUUCCAGGCCAUCUGCUUUUAAAACCACUUGAUAUUUUAGAUCUAUCUCAAAACCGGUUUACGUCAAUUAAUGAAGGCAAGCCAUGGCCAAAAGAUGACAAGGGAAGCAUUAGUCUUUAUUUAUCGUUGGCCGAAAAUAGAGGCUUGGCAAUUGAUUUUCAAAGUUUCAUGGGGCUUUUUAAUUUCAAAGAGGACUUAUCUGUCAUAAAUGUAAGCUACUGUGGUAUAGAAAGUCCUGUCUUGCCGAACUUGUUCUACUUCUUACGAUUGUCUACUUUCGAUUUAAGUGGCAAUAACUUUUAUGGGGAAUUACCUGAUUUUUUUGGCGAUGUCUCAGUUCUAUCAUAUAUUGAUCUAUCUGCCAAUAACUUAUCAGGUUCUCUACCAGGAGGAACUCAAAAUUUCAUGGCUCUUCAAUACUUAGAUAUUUCAGGAAAUCCUUUCAUGAGGAAAGGAACAAGCAUAUCGGCAAAUACCUUUCAGCCAGACUUUUCAAGAAUGAUCAGGCCUCAUCAAGGAGAUCACUUUACGUGUCCCGAAGGGCGCUUUACGUUCAAUAAUGGACGUAUUCGGUUAGAUCCUACAUUUUACCAAUACAAGUAUUGUAUCUGCGAUGCUCAUUUUUACGGAGAUAGUGGACUAUGCAAAUCAUGUAUGGAUGGAGGGACGUGCAAACAAGUUGAUGUCAAUACCUUGAAAGAUAUCCGCCCAAACAUCAUGAGUAUAGCUCCUGGCUACUGGCCAUCGCCUAAUUCUAAGAAUGUUACUCAUCUCGUCAAGUGUCCAGUACCUGCUGCGUGUAAUCCACUGGCUUCUUGCACUUGUCGCCUUGACACAUCACCCAACGACCUGCAUUUAUCCCACACCAAACGUUUAUCGCCAAAUUUAAUCACGACAUGCGAUCAAUCCAAUAUGUGUCAUCCAGGAAACACUGACAGAUUCUGCUCUCGUUGUGAAGAAGGAUUUUAUAAAAUUGGCGGAUUGUGCUACCAAUGUGUGAAAGGAGAUCUUACUUACUACUACUUUUUCAUUCCUAUUUUUACCAUUUCUUUCCUUGUUCUGCUUUGGUCAUUUUUUAAUUUCAACUUGCGACCUGUUAAAUGGUUCAUGGUAACAGCAGUACAUUUUCUCUUAAUGCUGAUCUUUAUGCUUUUGGAAUUUUUACCCACUUGGGUUUUCAAAUUGAACCUGGUGGUUUUCGUGUUGUGUAUGACUAGUCGAGGGAAAGGUACAAAGUCACUCAUCAGCAUCGCAGUGUUUUAUAUUCAAACCCUGGACUUCAUGGUUUCUAGCUCAAACGUUUGGCCUCCAAAAAUCAUUGCAGCUCAAAGCUACUUGAGUAGCUACUGGGAUUUGUAUUUCCCUUCACUUUCAUGCGAUUUACCUUCUCUUUUCAAUCCUGUUGGUAAGUUUGCUUUUAUUCUCCUUCUUCCAAUUGGUUGCUUGGCACUUGUGGGUGUCUACUUUAUAGUUAUGCUGAGCUACAACAAGGUUCGUCCCCGAGAAGGACGAAUGGAAAAUGUUCACUUUAAAUGCCGUCAAAGUGCCUUUUUCUGUUUAAGUUUCACCUACUUUCCAGUUGUAAAGCAAACUCUUUCCAUCUUACGCCCAUGCCAAAAUGACCGUGAUGUUCUGUACAUGCCAAAUUCCCCUUGGAUAGAAUGCACAUCUGUUACUUACAGAACACUAUCAGCUCUUGGUUUUGUCUCCGUAGUGGUCUACGUGAUUGGGUUUCCUUUGCUUCUCUCCUCGCUCAUGUUCUUUUUCUUUCGAAAACGAAACAGCAUGAGCCAAGAUGAUCGUGAAAAACUUGACACGUGGCUUGGUCCUGCUUAUUUACCUUACAAACCAAGGUAUCAGCAGUACUUUGAGAUUGUAAUGCUACUCCGUCGCCUGUUACUAGCCAUUGCGUUAUCCAUAAUUUCGUCUUCCUCUACUUUACAAACCUUGGCUGUCUGGGUCCUUCUCGUGGGCUUUGCUAUAAUUCAUCUGUGUUUUCAUCCUUAUAACGAUCUUCCUCAUCACAAGUUUGCUUCUGAAAACUUUUUUGAGCCCCUUGUUUUGCUGGUGCUUUCAAUGUCCUUCAUACUGUUGAGGUUCUCGGCCAUGGAAAGCUCCAUGAGUUAUUCAGCAGCAUAUGUGUGGAUUGUAAUUGUUAUUAACUCUUGCAUUCUUCUCCUACUAAUGGGCGUUAUUUUCUUCCGUCUUACAAUAACUGGGUAUGAAGAUUCCCAUGGCUGCUCUUGUGGCAGAAGCGGCGUGAAUGAAGAAAGAACCAAUUUGCUGUCCGUGAACAGCCAACAUUGGGGAGUAGCAGAAGUCGACGAUAUCGACUAA